AUGUCGUCCCUGUUUGCAAGGGACGCCGGGAGUGUGGUCAGAGAACUGGGCAGGAGAGGGGAGCUGGUGCCCGCCCACAGCCUGAAUAGCGCCCCACACCUGCGCCCCUUCUGCCUGGUGAGGAAGAAGCACAGACGCCCCCCCUGGCCUUGGGACACCCCCUUCAUCCCUACAGACUUCUCCCUCAUGGAUGCACUGGAGCCCAGCUCCCCCAUCCCAGAGUUGAACCGGAGCCAAUCCAUCCAGACCCGGGAGAUGGUGGCAGGAGCCGUGACGGGGGCCAUGAGUGUGGGCACCGGGCUGCCGGUGCAGGUGACAGGGAACAGUGGGGUGAUCCACAACUCCACACUGACUGUACACACACUCAUGGUUUCCCCUCACACCUGGGAAACUCUGAUGAAGAGGAAACUGAGGACCCCGAAGCCCUCGUUCCUCAGGGAGCUGCAACGCCGGAAGGAGAAGGAGAGCCUGUAUGUGGUGACAGAGGCCGUGGAGACCACGCAUGACACCAUGCUUCAGAGCCUCAGCAACGCAGAGGGAGCAGGACGGCCGGUCUUCCUUGGGCCGGGCCAUUUAAAGCUCCAGGGUCAGAGCCACAUGGCCAAAGAGAAGGCAGUGACCAUCACCCAGGGCACUGUCCUGGCCUACAGGGUGCUGCAGCUGGGGAUGAGAGAGGACUGCUGGGCCUCAGCCUACAGUUGGGCCCCCGGUGAGGAGCCCAACUUCCAGGGCCUGCAGAGGCAGGCGGGUGUCCAGCUGCAGGACCUGGCCACGCUGCCCGCAGAGCUGCGGCACCCGCUGCUAAGUGCCCUCCAAGAGCUGCUCCAAGACCCUCGGGCCCUGCAGGAACUCGAGGACACGAUGGAACAGGCCCUGGACACUGGGGUGCUGGGACAGCUGGUUGGCCCUGGGGGCUUCAUCCUAAGCACCGUCCGGAACCCCUCAGGCAGGCUGUUGACCUCGAAAGGCAGGGCCAUCCUCUGCAUUCUUGGAGCUCCUGUGGUGCUCAGUGACAUCCAACAUUGCCUGCUGACCCAGUCCAUGGAGAGAAGGAUCAUGCCCCAGCAGCUGGAGCUGGUGGCGAGUAUCUUAGAGCCAAACUUUAAUCAGAUGGAGGAAACCACCUUCUCUCUCCCACUAGAAGUCCUCUCAUCCCUACAGAGUGAGGAUGCAGCCCUCUCCCUGAGCCUGGUGGAGAGCUGUGGACUGGAGCUGCAGGGGCCUAGCCAGCGACUCAUGUGGGACCCUGACCUGGUACCACAGCUCUCUGCACUCUAUGGGUCCCUUGCAGGGCUGCAGAUGCUGGCUGCACCCAGCCCCGUAGCCCCCUAG